AUGGUGUUUGGGAACGCACCCAGGAGAGCCCGCAAGAGAGCAGAGGGCGGAGCCAGCUCCAAUGUCUUCUCCAUGUUUGAUCAGUCCCAGAUCCAGGAGUUCAAAGAGGCCUUCACCAUCAUGGACCAGAACCGGGAUGGCUUCAUCGACAAGGAGGACCUGAGGGACACCUUUGCCGCCUUGGGCCGCAUCAAUGUGAAGAACGAGGAGCUGGAGGCCAUGGUGAAGGAGGCCCCAGGGCCCAUCAACUUCACCGUCUUCCUGACCAUGUUCGGGGAGAAGCUGAAGGGUACCGACCCAGAGGAGAUCAUUCUCCACGCCUUCAAGGUGUUUGACACCGAAGGGAAAGGUUUCAUCAAGGCUGAUUUCAUCAAAGAGAAGCUCAUGACCCAGGCGGACCGGUUCACCGAGGAGGAGGUCAAGCAGAUGUUCGCGGCCUUCCCUCCGGAUGCGUGCGGUAACCUGGACUACCGGAGUCUGUGCUACGUUAUCACGCACGGCGAAGAGAAGGACUAG